UUGAGAGCAUAUUAAAAUAAAAUUAGCCUCACCUUCAGUGGACGUUUCCUCUGAAGCUGAAAAUCUGGGCAUUCAGAGGGUUAAGUUUCUGGACUUUAUUCCUGCAUCUCGAAUGUGAUUUUCUUGUUAUGCGGUAAAGAUGCCCGGAUCGCUAAGCAAUGAAGAUGAGGGGCAAGACGAUAUGGAUUUUGAGGACGACGUGCCAGAUGAGGAUGAGGAAGGUGAACGUCGGAGGAGUGUCCCCCUGUCACCCUUAGAGAGAUUUUUCUCUGAGGAUGAUUCGGUUAAACAGCAUAAGAAGAAGAAACCCAGCAAGAUAAUGGAGGGAAAGGAGCCCAAAGUUAAGAAAAAGAAGAAAAAGGAGGGGCUUCCUAGUGGGCUAGAUGACAUGUCAGACAGAGAGGAUCAUGGUCACAGGUCAGGGAGUGAGAGCAGCACCUACAGCACCCUGAAAAAGAAAAAGAAGAAGCCCAAAGAGAAGAAGGAGAGGAAAACUAAACAGCGAAAGAAAGACGAUGAUGAGGACGACGAUGAUGACGAUGAUGGAAACAUGAAGGAACCAAAGUCAUCCAGUCAGCUGAUGCAAGAGUGGGGUCUCGAAGAUGUGCAGUAUGCCUUCUCAGAGGACGACUAUAAAACCAUCACCAACUACAAAGCCUUCAGCCAGUUUCUUAGGCCCCUCAUUGCCAAAAAGAACCCCAAGAUCCCCAUGUCAAAAAUGAUGACGGUGCUCGGAGCGAAAUGGAGAGAGUUCAGCGCGAACAACCCUUUCAAAGGCACCUCUGCAACUGCUGUAGCGGCUGCGGUGGCUGCUGCCGUGGAAACUGUCAAUGUGGCUCCGCCCAUCUGUAUUAGAAGUAUCCAACAGAUCUCACCAUCUGGGCCAAUCAAAAAAGCCAAAACCAAAGAGGGAAAGGGGCCUGGCGCUAAGAAAAAAAGUAAGCCAGUGAAAGAAACAAAAAAGAAAGGGAAACCGAAGAAGUCCAAAUCGAAAGCAGGCCAGGGUGGAAAAAGGAAAAAAGGCUCUUCGAGUGAGGAGGAUUUCCUGGAUGACUUUUCAGACUUUGAUGACAUCAGCAUUCACAGUGCCUCUGUACGCUCAGAUACUUCAGCGGCACCCAAGAAGAAGUCGACCCGCCGAGGACGGAAAAAAAGAAAAAGUUUCUCUUUGAACUCUAUUGUUAAAGUAGGAGAGGAUGGAGACGGCUACGAGACAGACCAUCAAGAUUACUGUGAGGUUUGUCAGCAGGGAGGAGAGAUCAUUCUAUGUGACACCUGUCCCAGAGCAUAUCACCUGGUGUGUCUGGAUCCAGAACUGGAGAAAGCCCCUGAGGGCAAAUGGAGCUGCCCCCACUGUGAAAAAGAAGGUAUUCAGUGGGAGGCCAAAGAUGAUGAGGAGGACGAAGAUGAGGUUGCUGGUGAGGAGGAAGAUGACCACAUGGAGUUCUGCAGAGUGUGUAAGGAUGGAGGAGAGCUGCUGUGCUGUGACACCUGCCCUUCCUCCUACCACAUCCACUGUCUCAACCCACCGCUUCCUGAAAUUCCCAAUGGAGAAUGGCUGUGUCCACGAUGCAUGUGUCCACCACUAAAAGGGAAAGUCCAGAAGAUUCUGCACUGGGUGUGGGGCGAUCCUCCUCUACCACCUGAGGUUCCUCUUGGGCAAGAUGGAGAGAAGGUGGACAGUUUGACCAAAAUGCCGCUGAAGGGUCGUCCAGAGAGGCAACUGUUUGUGAAAUGGGCUGGGCUGUCCUACUGGCACUGCUCCUGGGUCAGCGAACUACAGUUGGAGCUAUAUCACACGGUAAUGUACCGUAACUACCAGCGUAAGAACGACAUGGAUGAACCGCCACCGUACGACUAUGGCUCCGGGGAGGAGGAGCUUAACAGUGAGAAGAGGAGGAGCAAAGACCCUCAGUAUGCAGCCAUGGAGGAACGAUUUUACCGUUACGGCAUAAAGCCGGAGUGGAUGAUCAUUCAUCGGAUCCUCAACCACAGUUUUGAUAAGGAUGGAGAUGUACACUACCUGAUUAAGUGGAGAGAUUUGCCAUACGAUCAGUGCACCUGGGAGGCUGAUGACUUCCACAUCCCAGAUUAUGACAGCUUUAAACAAGCCUACUGGGACCACAGGAAUAUGGUGCUCGGUGAAAGCCAUCACCCCCUGCUGUUCAGAAAGGGAAAGAGACUCAAAGAGGAAGUAAAGAGGAGAGAACCUCCACCAGACACUCCGGUUGUGGAUCCCACCAUCAAGUUUGAACAGCAGCAAUGGUACAUUGAUGACACAGGGGGAACUUUGCACCCAUACCAGCUGGAAGGCCUGAACUGGUUGCGAUUCUCUUGGGCCCAAGGAACCGACACAAUCUUGGCUGAUGAAAUGGGGCUUGGCAAGACUGUGCAGACUAUAGUAUUCCUGUACUCACUUUACAAAGAGGGUCACUCCAAAGGGCCAUUUCUGGUCAGUGCGCCACUCUCCACUAUCAUCAACUGGGAGAGAGAGUUUGAGAUGUGGGCUCCGGAUUUCUAUGUUGUGACUUAUACAGGGGACAAAGAAAGCAGGGCUGUCAUACGCGAGAAUGAAUUUACCUUCGAGGAAGUCAAAUUGGGUCGCAAGGUUUUCCGCAUGAAGAAGGACACACCGAUAAAGUUUCAUGUCCUGCUGACGUCAUAUGAACUGAUCACCAUUGAUCAGGCAAUACUUGGCUCCGUUACCUGGGCCUGUUUGGUUGUGGAUGAAGCCCACCGACUGAAGAAUAACCAGUCAAAGUUUUUCAGAAUUCUGAAUGGCUACAAAAUCUACUAUAAGCUGCUGCUGACUGGAACCCCUUUGCAGAACAACCUCGAAGAGCUUUUUCACCUGCUCAACUUUCUCACCCCAGAGCGCUUCAAUAACCUGGAGGGCUUUCUGGAGGAGUUUGCGGACAUCUCGAAAGAGGACCAGAUUAAGAAACUACACGACCUGCUUGGGCCACACAUGCUCAGGAGACUGAAGGCAGAUGUGUUUAAGAACAUGCCGGCAAAAACCGAGCUCAUAGUGCGAGUAGAGCUCAGCCCAAUGCAGAAAAAAUACUACAAGUUCAUUUUAACACGUAACUUUGAGGCGUUGAAUUCCAAGGGAGGAGGGAACCAGGUGUCUCUUCUUAACAUCAUGAUGGACUUGAAGAAAUGUUGCAACCAUCCCUACCUGUUUCCAGUUGCUGCAGUGGAAGCUCCGGUCUUACCCAAUGGUUCUUAUGAUGGCAACCUCCUGGUGAAAUCCUCAGGAAAACUCACCCUGCUUCAGAAGAUGCUCAAAAAACUGAAAGAUGAAGGGCACAGGGUUCUCAUCUUCUCUCAGAUGACAAAGAUGCUAGAUCUGCUAGAGGACUUCCUGGAGUUUGAAGGAUAUAAAUACGAGCGUAUUGAUGGGGGCAUCACAGGGGGACUGCGACAGGAGGCCAUUGAUCGCUUUAACGCACCCGGAGCUCAGCAGUUCUGUUUUUUGCUGUCCACACGUGCUGGAGGAUUGGGUAUCAAUCUGGCAACCGCAGACACUGUGAUCAUAUAUGACUCUGACUGGAACCCACACAAUGAUAUUCAGGCAUUCAGCAGGGCACAUCGUAUCGGGCAAAAUAAAAAGGUGAUGAUCUAUCGCUUUGUAACUCGGGCAUCCGUAGAGGAGCGUAUUACCCAGGUGGCCAAACGAAAGAUGAUGCUGACCCACCUGGUGGUGCGCCCCGGCUUGGGCUCUAAGACGGGCUCCAUGUCCAAACAGGAACUUGACGACAUCCUCAAGUUUGGCACUGAGGAGCUGUUUAAAGACGAUGUGGAAGCCGCCAGAACAAUGGGAGAUAAUAAAGAAGGAGAGGAGGGCAGUGUGAUCCACUAUGAUGAUAACGCCAUUUCCAAACUGCUGGACCGUAGCCAGGAUGCCACCGAAGACACAGAGAUCCAGAACAUGAACGAGUACCUGAGCUCAUUUAAGGUGGCUCAGUAUGUGGUGAGAGAGGAGGAUGGAGAGGAGGAGGUCCAGAGGGAGAUUAUUAAGCAGGAAGAGAAUGUUGAUCCAGACUACUGGGAGAAGCUCUUGAGGCACCAUUACGAGCAGCAGCAGGAGGAUCUGGCCCGGAACCUGGGCAAAGGGAAACCUAAUGAUGGAGAAGAACCAAAAAGCGGAAGUCCUGAAGGAAAAGGAAUGGAAGAGAGCGAGAAGAAUGAUACCCCUUCUGUCCAUUCAGAGCCAUCGUCCAAUCAAGCACAGCCACCCACAAAACCUAGUGAGCAGACAGCCAAUCAGACACCAUUAGACUGUGGUAAAGGGAAAGAAACUUCUCCGGAGACAGGGGAAAAUAAAGCCAGCCCAGCAAAAAUAGAUGAUAAGGAGCAAAAACCAGUUUCUGCAGCCAUUCCUGAUGAUUUAAAAUCUGAAGACCCCCCUGAGAACCAAUUGAAUGGAGAGAAAGACGCGAAGGAUGACACGGACGAGAGCCACAGAGAUGACAAGAACAGCAUCAAGACCCGGUUCAUGUUUAACAUCGCAGAUGGUGGAUUCACUGAAUUACACACGCUGUGGCAAAACGAGGAACGUGCAGCUGUAUCAUCUGGCAAAAUGUACGACAUCUGGCACCGUCGCCAUGACUACUGGCUGCUGGCUGGCAUUGUAACACAUGGCUAUGCACGGUGGCAGGACAUUCAGAAUGACCCACGGUAUGCCAUCCUCAAUGAGCCUUUCAAGACUGAAAUGCACAAAGGGAACUACUUAGAAAUGAAAAAUAAAUUUCUCGCCAGACGUUUUAAGCUCCUGGAACAGGCUUUGGUAAUUGAGGAGCAGCUACGGCGCGCUGCAUACCUGAAUAUGACUCAGGAUCCCAGUCACCCCGCCAUGGCCCUCAACACACGUUUUGCAGAGGUGGAGUGCCUGGCUGAGUCCCACCAGCACCUCUCCAAAGAGUCCCUUGCUGGUAACAAGCCAGCCAAUGCUGUGCUGCACAAAGUGUUGAAUCAACUGGAGGAGCUGUUAAGCGAUAUGAAGGCUGAUGUGACACGGAUUCCCUCCAUGCUUUCGAGGGUCCCACCCGUCUCUGCCCGGCUCCAGAUGUCAGAGCGGGGCAUCCUCAGCAGGCUCACCAGCUGGGGCAACGAGCCGCCACCUCAGCAGCCUUUCCCUCAGGGCUCUUUCGGCUGUUCUCAGAUGUAUAAUAGCAGUUUCGCCGGAGGGUUCCGUGGACCUGGAGGCACUGCGAUGGUGAACUACAGCCAGAUGCCCCUGGGGCCGUACGUCAGCGUGUCCUCAAACGGACCUCCGGCCCCAACCAGCCACCUGGAGAAGAAGUCCAGUGAUGCUCUGCGAGAUGUGGCCACCCCUGAUCUGAAAUCAAGCAAACCUAGCGAUGUUAUAUGCAUUGAGGACUAGCCCGCAGCUGUUCCGUCCUCUUUCUAUACAAUACCUACAGACAAAACCGUGGAGAACUCCUCCAAAUGAUGAAUAUUAAACAGCAAACCUUAUCAGUUGCA